AUGGAGAGCACUGCAAUAAAAUUGCUCACCUCUGAUGCCAGAAUUUCCCCCGAAUCCCUCGCAGAAUUCUCCUCCGACCUGAAUCUCCUUAUGUGUCUGGACGCCCCUCCCACCUACGGCAGCCCUGUUCUCCCCUCACUACCUCAAACUGAUCAGUUUCGUCAGUUCGCCUACUGCCAGUUGCAAUUCGCCUCCUUCUUGAGCAACUUAUCAGUCCUGCCGGAGUCCGUUCCUCUGCUCAGUCAAGAUGCAGUUUAUCAAGACCAGUCGGAGCUACGGAAGGGUGACUUCCAGCAACGGUCUAAAUUUCACCCCGAACGUGUGCGGCGAUGGUUGAAGCUUUGGAGCAUGUCCCAAGACAUUCGCCUCCAACUCUUAGUAGUUAAACUGCAAUCAAAUCUCGGAGUCCAUGUCUCUCGUCAGAAUAAGAAGGUGACGGAGGUGCCGAGUAGCGAAAAACCCGAAUUUUAUUUGCCUGAGACCUGCAAUCCUUCCUUGCCUUCUGUUGGCACAGAUGAGCCGGCGAUUUUUGGCCCUGACAUCUUUAAAUUGGACCUUCGGGAGUGA